GGAAGCUCGCCUUAUCUUCUGUUUCACUCAUUUGACACUGCUGCCUGCCUUUAAUACCUCGGAACUGAGUAUCGGACGCAGGAUCUCGACACAUUCUUCUUUUGCGCUAGGUGGGCAGAAUGGCCGAGGUGAAACUGGCUAUGUCGCUGGAUGAGCUUAUAGCUCAAGCUGGCAAGAAGAGGGAGCGGAAGCCUGCGGCCAAGCCAGCCAAGCCCGCUGGCCAGGGCGAUGCCCCUGCGACCGGCGCUCGCAAGGGCCUGAAGAAGAACCGCCAGAACAAUGGGGCCAAGGCGAAUGGCCAGCAGCAGCAGCAGCAGCCCAAGCAGAGGCAGGCGCAGCCCCAACAGCAGCAACAGAGGCAGGGCGGGCAACAACAGCAGCAGGGCGGUCAGCGCGUUCGACCGAAGGCCAACCUUGGGGUUCGCCAGGGCCAGGUGCAGAAGCGCUCUCAAGUGAUCGAGGUUCCGGCCCGGGUGCUGCGCCAGCAACCUCCUCAGCCGCAGCCCCCGCCACGCGUGAACCGCGCGCCGUACCGGACCCAGCCCGCGCCCGAGGACAGCAAGUGGCAGCACGACAUGUAUGAGGACCACGCGCCCGCCCCCCGCCGUGCACCCAUGGCGCAGGCGGCUACGAGCACCAAGCUCAUCAUCCGGAACCUGCACCACGGCGUGUCGGCGGACGACGUGCUGGAGCUGUUCUCCACCCUCGGCGCCGUCAAGAACCACGGCGUGAACUUCGACGCCUCUGGCCGCUCGUUGGGCAGCGGCUUCGUGGUGUUCGAGACGCGCGCGGAGGCGGUGGCGGCCAAGAAGGAGUACAACGGCGUCAAGCUGGACGGGCAGGCCAUGGAGAUUCUGUUCGCGGAGGAGGUGGCGGGCGGCGCCGGCGGUGGCGUGCAGCGGCUGUCCAGUGGCAUCCAGGUGCAGCGGCCUGGCGCGGGCGACCGGGCAGGUGGCGGCGGCGGCGGCGGCAACGUCGGCCAGCGCCUGGCGGCGGCGGCUUUCCGGGACACGGCGGCGGCGGGCGGGCCCCGGUCGGGCGGGCGACCGGGCGGCCGCGGCGGGCGGCUGCGGAGCGCGGUGGUGGGCCGCGCGGCGCUGGACCGCGGGCUGGACGACUACAUGAUGGAGUAAGCGGCUGUGCGUCGGAGCGAACGGGCACAGAACAGCAGAUGGCGAGAAGGAGGAGGAGGGGUUGCUGCGGACCCGAAGGCAGACGGAGCGGAUGUUAAGGGGGAGGGAACUAAUCAGAGCGCGUGCACGCGAGAUGAUGUGUAUGCGACAAUUGCGUGCAGAUGGCGGCAGUGGGCCGGACAGGCGCUGUUUGGAGGAGUAGCAGUCGGCGUCGGGAAUGCGUGUAGGUGCCCGUGGCACACAGAGAGGAGGCGGGACAGGUGGCGUGAACACACACGAGAAGAGGACGGCAGCAAGCAAGUGCUGCACCCUCGCAGGCGGAGUGUUGGGUUUGGCGGAUUCGAGGGCACUAGGUUCGUCGAUAAGCAUCGUCGAUAACUGUUCGGGGAUUGCGCCCACGAGACUGUUGGAUGUAAUCAUGCAAACAC